GAUAUAUAACGACGGUGCGCCUCCAGAGUCGUCUUAUAGUCCGUCUUGCUCUCAGUGCGGUUUACGUACGAUCGACGGCACGCGCGAAGAACGGUACCUACCUACCUAUAUGUUCACAUUUCCGAUGGAUUUUCGUGCGGUCUCGAAGAAUACGAACAAACCGUAACCAACGAGUAUUUACGUAUCGAAUGCGGACGAGCGUGAAAAACGUGCACGUAUUAGACGCCUCACGAUACUCACAGAUCUGGUCACAGAACUUCGAUCCCACCAGACACCACACUAUCUAGACGUGAUAUAGGUAUGGUGUUACAGAAGAAAUAUUGGACCAAAAUCGAAGGUGCCUGUUGCAUAUUGGUCGCAUGCAUCACGGCCCUGAUUAAACUCGUGUUAAAGUUCAUCAUCGGGACUUAUUCUGAUUUAAAAAAUCAGCCCGAUGCUCAGCUAAAAAUUUAUAAAACAGUUGCGGAUAUUCCAGGACCAAGGUCGUUGCCUGUAUUUGGAACUAGAUGGAUCUAUUGGAAAUUCGGUUUGUAUAAACUGAAUGCCGUACAUUUAGCAUACAAAGACAUGUUUAUCCGGUAUGGGGAUAUUAUUUGCGAAGAAGCAUUGUGGAACAUACCAAUUAUAAGUGUCAAAGAUAAAGACUUUAUCGAAAGAGUGCUUCGAAAUAGCGGAAAGUACCCUAUCCGGCCUCCAAAUGAAGUAACGGCGAACUACAGAAAGUCCCGGCCGGAUCGCUACACAAAUACAGGACUUGUGAAUGAACAAGGUGAAGUUUGGGCGAUGUUAAGAAAUAAAUUGACACCAGAACUUACUAGUCCUAGAACAAUACGACGUUUCUUGCCAGAAGUUAAUCAGCUAGCAGACGAUUUUAUCAAUCUGAUUUCCCAAGCUAGAGACACCAAUAACGAGGUCAAAAUAUUUGAAUCGUAUUGUAACAGAAUGGGAUUGGAAAGCACGUGUACGUUGAUUUUGGGCAGGAGAUUCGGAUUCUUAGACGGAGACGUUAGCGAAACGGCUACGCGUCUGGCAGAUUCAGUGACCAGUCAGUUCCGAGCAUCUCAGGAAGCAUUUUAUGGUCUUCCCCUCUGGAAAUUAAUACCGACAAAGGCGUACAAGGAAUUUGUAGCGAGCGAAGACGCUUUAUACGAGCAAGUACAACUUGUAGAAAAGUUAAAAAUAUACAAUCCUAAUAAACGUUCUGAAUUGUUCGAAUUUAGCAUCGUGUCUGAAAUCGUAGACUCAGCACUGAUCGAUGAGGAACAGUCUUGCACAGACGUACGCAGCGUGUUCGUAUCUAUACUGCAGGCGUCAGAGUUGGACAACAGAGACAAAAAAGCCGCGAUUAUCGAUUACAUCGCCGCUGGAAUAAAAACACUGGGAAACACCCUGGUGUUUUUAUUGUACUUGGUCGCCAAACAUCCGGAUGUGCAAGAAAAGAUAUACAACGAAAUAUCACUAUUGGCUCCGGCAGGUACACCUAUUACUGCUGAAUAUUUACACAAGGCCACAUAUUUGCACGCGUGUAUAUCCGAAGCUCACAGACUUCUACCCACCGCUCCGUGUAUUGCAAGAGUUUUGGAAUCGGAAGUCAAUUAUGAAAAUUACCGAUUACCGUCAGGGACUGUCGUGUUAUUGCAUACGGGGUUAGCGUGUUUGGACGAUAAAAAUUUCAAAGAUGCGACUUCGUACAAACCGGAAAGGUGGUUGGACGAUUUGACGAAGAAAUCACCAUUCUUGGUCGCACCGUUCGGUUGUGGCAAACGAAUGUGUCCGGGGAAGCGAUUUAUAGAAUUAGAACUUCAAAUUGUCUUAGCAAAGAUGGUCAAACAAUUUCAUAUCGACUUUAAGGGACAACUGAAAACUGAAUUUGAAUUUCUUUUGACACCCAGCAACGCAAAUUUUAUUCUACGAGAUAGAAAUUGUUGAUGUUUUUAUAUAAUUUAUUAACCUUAAUAAUAUAUAGUACCUGCAUAGUUAUAUUAAAUAAUAAUUAAUAUUAUGACAUUAAAAUAUUUAUUUUAUCAUACUGCUAUAAAGUUGACAUAUCGUAUUAUAUAUUUUUUAAACCUUGAUUAUUUAUUCAUAUAUAAUUAUGUAUUAUAUAAACUAUACAUUUGUGUUUGUGUGUGUUUUUAUAAUCAUUAUAAUAAAAAUACAUAUUUAUAUAAACAUUAA